AUGGCCUUGGGUUCCCAAAUCUGCAUUCUCCCUCUGAUCCUCUGCUGUGUGAUCUGCGCGGCACAAGCAAUUGGGCAUUCUGCAAAUGAAGUUAACCUCCUGGAUUCUAAAGCAGUUCAAGGGGAGCUGGGAUGGAUAUCCUACCCGAUACAUGGGUGGGAAGAAAUCAGUGGAGUGGAUGAGCACUACAUACCAAUCCGUACCUACCAGGUAUGCAAUGUGAUGGAACCCAGCCAGAACAACUGGCUCCGGACAAACUGGAUUCCACGGAACUCAGCUCAGAAGGUUUAUGUCGAGCUUAAGUUCACUCUGAGGGACUGCAACAGCAUCCCUUUGGUCUUGGGAUCCUGUAAAGAAACUUUCAACCUCUAUUAUAUGGAGUCUGAUGAAGAUCACAUUGUCAGGUUUAGAGAAAGCCAGUUUGUAAAGAUUGACACAAUUGCUGCAGACGAGAGUUUCACCCAGAUGGACCUGGGGGAUAGAAUCCUCAAGCUGAACACUGAGGUCCGCGAGGUUGGGCCAAUCAACAAGAAAGGAUUUUAUUUGGCCUUUCAGGAUGUUGGUGCCUGUGUUGCUUUGGUGUCUGUGCGUGUCUUCUUCAAAAAGUGUCCUUUCAUCACGAGGAACUUGGCAAUGUUCCCGGACACAGUGCCUGGAGUGGACUCCCUGUCUCUUGUGGAGGUGCGUGGUUCCUGUGUCAAUCAUUCCAAGGAGGAGGACCCACCCAGGAUGUAUUGCAGCACUGAUGGAGAAUGGCUGGUGCCAAUAGGGAAGUGCCUGUGCAAUGCUGGAUAUGAGGAAAGAGGAAGCACGUGCCAAGCCUGCAAAUCUGGGUUCUACAAAGCCUUUGCUGGAAAUGUUAAGUGUGCCAAGUGUCCUCCUCACAGUCACGCUCAAGAAGAAGGCUCUGUGUACUGCGACUGUGACAGGAAUUACUUCAGGGCACACAAAGAUCCUAUCUCCAUGGCUUGCACUAGACCUCCUUCCAUCCCGAGGAACGUGUUUUCCAACAUCAACGAGACAUCGGUUAUUUUGGACUGGAGCUGGCCGACCGAUGCAGGAGGCCGCAAGGACGUCACAUUCAGCGUCAUCUGUAAGAAGUGCACCAGCGGCCCGAGACAGUGCGAGCCGUGCAUGAGCAACGUUCAGUUCCUGCCUCGGCAGACGGGCCUGGCCAACACCACGGUGACGGUGGUCGACUUGCUUGCGCACACCAACUACACCUUUGAGAUUGAGGCCGUGAACGGGGUGUCCGGAAUGAGCUCGGUGCCGCGGCAGUUUGCUGCAGUCUCCAUCACCACCAAUCAGGCAGCUCCAUCUCUGGUCACUGUCAUUAAGAAGGAGCGGACAUCACGAAACAGCAUUUCUCUCUCUUGGCAAGAGCCAGAACAUCCGAACGGGAUCAUAUUAGACUACGAGGUCAAGUUCUACGAGAAGCAGGAGCAGGAGACCAGUUACACUAUCAUGAGGUCAAAGGGCACCAAUGUCACCAUCAACGGGCUGAAACCUGAGACCACCUACCUGUUCCAGAUCAGAGCCCGGACCGCGGCUGGUUACGGGACCAGCAGCCGCAAGUUUGAAUUUGAGACCAGUCCUGACUCCUUCUCCAUCGCUGGUGAGAAUAGCCAGGUCGUCAUGAUUGCUAUAUCAGCAGCAGUCGCCAUCGUCCUCCUCACCGUGGUGAUGUACAUCAUAAUUGGGAGAUUCUGUGGGUACAACAAAUCAAAGCAUAUUUCUGAUGAUAAAAGAAUAUAUUACCCAAACGGUCACAUUAAACUUCCAGGUUUACGAACAUAUGUGGAUCCACACACAUAUGAGGACCCCAGCCAAGCUGUCCAUGAGUUUGCCAAGGAGUUGGAUUCUUCCUCUAUAUCUAUUGAUAAAGUUGUUGGUGCAGGAGAAUUUGGAGAAGUGUGCAGUGGACGUCUGAAGCUACCCUCCAAAAAGGAGAUCUCAGUAGCUAUCAAAACCCUUAAAGUUGGUUAUACUGAGAAACAAAGGCGGGACUUCCUGAGUGAAGCAAGCAUUAUGGGACAGUUUGAUCACCCAAAUAUCAUUCAUCUGGAAGGAGUGGUUACAAAAAGUAAGCCUGUCAUGAUUGUUACAGAAUACAUGGAGAAUGGUUCCUUGGACAGUUUUCUCAGGAAGCAUGAUGCCCAGUUCACAGUCAUUCAGCUUGUCGGCAUGCUUCGGGGGAUAGCUUCUGGUAUGAAGUACUUGUCCGACAUGGGCUAUGUGCAUCGGGACUUGGCUGCUCGCAACAUCCUUGUCAACAGCAACUUGGUGUGUAAAGUGUCUGACUUUGGACUCUCCAGGGUCCUUGAAGAUGACCCUGAAGCUGCUUACACAACACGGGGUGGAAAAAUCCCCAUCCGAUGGACGGCGCCAGAAGCUAUCGCCUACCGCAAGUUCACCUCAGCUAGUGACGUGUGGAGUUAUGGGAUUGUUCUCUGGGAGGUGAUGUCGUACGGAGAGAGGCCUUACUGGGAAAUGUCCAAUCAGGAUGUAAUUAAAGCGGUUGAUGAAGGGUAUCGGCUGCCACCCCCCAUGGACUGCCCAGCUGCCCUGUAUCAGCUGAUGCUGGACUGUUGGCAGAAGGAUAGGAAUAACAGGCCUAAGUUUGAACAGAUUGUCAGCAUCCUGGACAAGUUGAUUCGGAAUCCCAGCAGCCUGAAGAUCAUCGCUAAUACUGCAGCAAGGCCAUCAAAUCUGCUGCUUGACCGGAGCAACACAGACGUUACAGCUUUCCGCUCCGUGGGUGACUGGCUUGACGGUGUCCGGAUGGGACAAUACAAGGAUAGUUUCACGGGGGCAGGAUAUAGCUCCUGCGACAUGGUGGCAAAAUUGGCCUCAGAUGAUAUAAUGAAGCUGGGAGUUACUCUUUCUGGACAUCAGAAAAAGAUAGUGAGCAGCAUUAAGCAACUGGAAACACACACAAAGAACAGUCCAGUUGCAGUGUAAACUUCAAGUCAAGUCUUUGUGCAUCAAGGGAUUUAGCCAAUGAGAAUGACCACUGCAAUGGUAUGGGGACUGAUAAUGCUAUGGAGGCCACAAAAUGAGAAAUCGGUUUGGUCAGUUGAUGUGGUGCGUGAAAGACUUUCAAACUCUAUAAGUGUAAAUGCCUUAAAAAAAAGGAAUGAUGGCUCUGUUUUCUACCUUUUUUAUAUAUUUAAAAAAAGGUGGUAUGUUUAAGUAUUAUUUAUGAUGGUAAAAAAAUUAAAAUCUUAAAACCUUUCAGCGGCAGGCAGCAGAAGAGAAUCUAGUUAAAAUCUGUCAUGGGGAAGAAAGGAAUUUCUUUUUGUUUUUAAAUAAAAGAAAAAUAUUAUAGUUAGAAAGAUAAAUGAACUUUUGGACAUUGGUAAGCCAAUCUGUGAGUUAGAAGCAGCAGAAGUGAUGCAAGCUUGAGUGUGGCUUUCAGUUUUUAAACUGGUUAAAUUAUUUCCUAAAACAAACCCAAUAAAAUUUGGCAAUAGGUAUCUCGCGGUGAAUGGAAAGUUUAAUGACUAUCUUAUGGCAUUAUGUCUUAAGCAAUUUAUAGACCAUAUUUUAGACUUUGCUGUCAAAGUGAAGACCCCUCCCAACUUUUCCUAUUGUUCUGCCAUGUUGGAGUGUGCACAGAUGAUCAUUAAGCAUUAGCCUAUACAAGAUUACCCAAUUUCACAUAUUCAAAUGUUAAUUCAUUUUUCAAAAAUGAUCUGUUUCCCCCACAGUAUUGAAAAUUUUGUGAAAUAUGUAUUAUCUACAUUAAAUUUUUUAUCUAUUUUUGUCACAA